AUGGCGAUAAAAACCCAGCAGAAAAAGAAGGAGAAGUUUACAGCCAAGAACAAGGAUGCUCUUGCGCUUGCAGAGAAAAUCAAGGAAAAUGCCUUGAAACAGAAACUUGCCCAGAAAAAGCAGGCUGCCAAAGACAACGCCAUCAAGCCAGAAGCCACCGAGGUUUCUAUUUCCGACAGCUCCAAAAAGUUCGAAACCUUCAGCGAACUCAAGCUUAUCCCCGAGCUUCUUGAGCUGAUCCAGCAGAUGAAAUUCACAAAGCCCACGCCGAUCCAGGCCGAGGCGAUUCCUCAUGCUUUGGAAGGAAAGGAUCUCAUUGGUCUUGCCGUUACAGGAUCAGGUAAAACAGCAGCUUUUGCCAUCCCCAUCUUGCAGUCGCUUUACAACGACCUGUAUCCAUACUACGGUCUUGUUUUGGCGCCCACGAGAGAGUUGGCGUAUCAGAUCAAGGAGACCUUUGAUGCUCUAGGAGCAGCCAUGGGAGUCAGAACCUGCUGUGUUGUGGGUGGUAUGGAUAUGAUGGACCAGGCGAGAGACUUGAUGAGAAAACCACAUAUUAUUGUGGCGACCCCGGGUAGAAUCGUGGACCACUUGGAAAACACCAAGGGUUUUUCGUUGAGAAGGCUUAAAUACUUGGUUAUGGAUGAGGCCGACCGUUUGUUGGACCUUGAUUUCGGGCCCGAACUCGACAAAAUCUUGCGUGUGAUCCCCAGAGAAAGAAACACAUACCUUUUCUCGGCCACGAUGACGGGAAAGAUUGAAAAGUUGCAGAGAGCCUCGCUCCGGAACCCAGUGAGAAUCGCCGUUUCUUCGAAAUACCAAACCGCCGAUAACCUUGUCCAGCUGAUGAUGCUUGUCAGUGACGGCUACAAAAACACAUACUUGAUCCACCUCCUCAACGAGUUCAUGGGCAAGCUGAUCAUCAUUUUCACCAGAACAUGUGCCCACUCUCAGAGAACCGCCCUACUAGCCAGAAUCCUCGGAUUUUCUGCCGUUCCCUUGCAUGGCCAGCUCACACAGUCCCAGCGUUUGGGCUCGUUGAACAAGUUCAAAUCCGGAAAAGCCAACAUUUUGGUCGCUACCGAUGUGGCAGCCAGAGGUUUGGAUAUUCCAUCUGUGGAUGUGGUGAUCAACUACGACAUUCCCACGGACUCCAAGGCCUACAUUCACAGAGUUGGUAGAACCGCUCGUGCCGGUCGUUCUGGUAAAUCCAUCUCGUUGGUGACGCAGUACGAUUUGGAGAUGUACCUCAGAAUCGAGGCUGUUCUUGAAAAGAAGCUUCCGAAGGACCCAUCUCCAUCCAGGGACGUCUUGGAUGCUUUACAUGUGCAUGUGGACAGGGCCACUGCCGAGGCCAUCAGACAGACAAAGGACUUCCACGACAAGAGAGGCAAGAAGAAGUCGAGAGACGAUGCCGACAGGGAGGAGAAGUAG